UACCUCUCUGCAGCUGCUCCACUCUCCUCUCCUCUUCCUCCUCCUCCUCGCCUAUCCCAUCCCCCCAAAAAGCAUCCUUUUUCCUGAGAGGCUCCUAAGGCUUCCCUCCAAAGAAGCCGCUGCGGAGGGGAGAGGCGAAAGGGAGCGGGACGACGAGGUCUCCCCUUUCCUCUCCUCCUCCUCCUCCUCUUCACCCCGAAGGGAGAAGCAGCCACUUCUCCUCCCCAACAGCAGCAGCAGCAGCAUUAGCAGCAGCAGCAGCAGCAAACAUGAUGGCGGCAGCUCCCAUCCAGCAGAACGGGACCCACACCGGGGUGCCCAUAGACCUCGACCCGCCGGACUCUCGGAAGAGACCCCUAGAAGCGCCCCCUGAAGCAGGCAGCACCAAAAGGACCAACACCGGCGAGGACGGCCAAUAUUUUCUAAAGGUCCUCAUACCUAGUUAUGCGGCUGGAUCUAUAAUUGGGAAGGGAGGACAAACAAUUGUUCAGUUGCAGAAAGAAACUGGGGCUACCAUCAAGCUUUCUAAAUCCAAAGACUUUUACCCAGGUACGACAGAGCGGGUGUGUUUGAUCCAGGGAACAGUGGAAGCACUAAAUGCAGUGCAUGGCUUCAUUGCUGAAAAGAUUCGGGAAAUGCCUCAAAAUGUGGCCAAGACAGAACCAGUUAGCAUUCUACAGCCUCAGACAACCGUCAAUCCAGACCGGAUCAAACAAACAUUGCCAUCAUCCCCAACUACCACCAAGUCCUCUCCAUCUGAUCCCAUGACCACCUCCAGAGCUAAUCAGGUAAAGAUUAUAGUUCCCAACAGCACAGCAGGUCUGAUAAUAGGGAAGGGAGGUGCUACAGUCAAGGCUAUAAUGGAGCAGUCAGGGGCUUGGGUGCAGCUUUCCCAGAAACCCGAUGGGAUCAACUUGCAAGAGAGGGUUGUCACUGUAAGCGGAGAACCUGAACAAAACCGAAAAGCUGUUGAACUUAUCAUCCAGAAGAUACAAGAGGACCCACAGAGUGGCAGCUGUCUCAAUAUCAGUUAUGCUAAUGUCACAGGUCCAGUGGCCAAUUCCAAUCCAACCGGAUCUCCUUAUGCAAACACUGCUGAAGUAUUGCCGACAGCUGCAGCUGCUGCAGGGCUAUUAGGACAUGCAAACCUUGCUGGAGUUGCAGCCUUUCCAGCAGUUUUAUCUGGCUUCACAGGCAAUGACCUGGUUGCCAUCACCUCUGCACUUAACACAUUAGCCAGCUAUGGAUAUAAUCUCAAUACAUUAGGUUUAGGCCUGAGUCAGGCAGCAGCUACUGGGGCUUUGGCUGCAGCAGCUGCCAGUGCCAAUCCAGCAGCAGCAGCAGCCAAUCUGUUGGCCACCUAUGCGAGUGAAGCCUCAGCCAGUGGCAGCACUGCUGGUGGUACGGCGGGGACAUUUGCAUUAGGUAGCCUGGCUGCUGCUACUGCUGCAACUAAUGGAUAUUUUGGAGCUGCUUCUCCUCUAGCUGCCAGUGCCAUUCUAGGAACAGAGAAAUCCACAGAUGGUUCAAAGGAUGUAGUUGAAAUAGCAGUGCCAGAAAACUUAGUUGGUGCAAUACUUGGAAAAGGAGGGAAAACGUUAGUAGAAUACCAGGAGUUGACUGGUGCAAGGAUACAGAUCUCCAAAAAAGGAGAAUUCGUACCUGGCACAAGGAAUCGGAAGGUAACAAUUACCGGAACACCAGCUGCAACCCAGGCCGCACAGUAUUUAAUAACACAACGGAUCACGUAUGAGCAAGGAGUUCGGGCUGCCAAUCCACAGAAAGUGGGUUGAUUGUGCUAAACGUGAGAUUGUUUUAAACCCCUCCUUACCUAUUUUCAAGAAGGAUGUACUGUACUUUGCAGAAGUGAAGUUUUUUCUGUUAUUAAUAUAUAAUUAUGCAAAUGAAUGCGACUAUGUUGACAAUGUGUAUAUGUAAAUAUAAUGUGUUUUACCAGAUGUUUCAUAGAAAGAAAUUUUUCUUGAUCUGUUUUGUUCUCUAUACUUUGCUUGUGUAUAUUUGUCAGAGGUGUUUCUAGUGUAAGAUUUAAGCCUGCCAUUUUACCAGCAUUAUUGUAGUUUAAUGAUUGAAUGUAGACAGGGAAAUGCCUAAAGUUUUCAGUAUUAGUUCUAGCUAACACUAAAUUAACUACUGUUAGGUUGGGUAUGGUGGGGUCAGUGACCUAAAAUGGAGUGAGGCCAAAGCACUGUCAUGUCAGUCUUACUUCCUGCUUAGGGCACAGUGAAGUAGGAAACAAUAUUUUGAAACUGAGUUUUAAAAUUUAAAAUUAUCAAAAAGCAAUAUAGUUGCAUAAAAGCACUGUAAAAUAUUUAAAAGGUUAAAACUGUGGAAAAUUAUAUUGGUAAGUUUACAGUUCAAUAAAAGCACCUGUUCUCCAUCUGAACUAGACAAUGGAAAUAAUGCUGCAUGCUGGCCAUGGCCCAUUCUUCACCAUUUGUAAGUUCAACAAAAGUUCUCACAUGGAGUCCCACCUCUAACU